UUGAAUUUCCCUUGAGUUUUAAUUCUUUUGUAUCUAAUUUCUUUCCUUUUGAUAUAGGUACAAUGGAUUGAGGACAAAUCCUUUUGAAGAGGGAGAGUAUGAUGUGACCCAGAUCGAGCAUCGACCGGCUCGGAUCAUGGAUACGGCCCAAGGUGGCGUUCUUGUCAACCAGCUCGACCAAACCGACGUUUUCAUGUCGGAUCAUGCCAGUCUUGCUGCAUGUGAUAGUCCAUCUGAUCAUUCCGUCCAUGCUGAUCAUAAUUUCCCAAUGGAUCGUGCUGAUCAGACCGUCCAUACCGUCCCAUCCCGUCCCAUCCGAUCACCCCGACCGUACCGCACGUGCUGUCCACUGCAUCGACCCACAUACGCCCGUAAUGGAGCUCAGUCUUGAACCACGACCUAGAGAUAGAAUGAUCGACCCACAUCACUUCUUUCCCAACCAUUUCAACAUUCUAAGACUGAUCGUCAAAUCAGAAUCCACUUGGAACGAGAAGAAUCCAAAGAUGUUCACAGAUUUUCCUUUAUGGCUCUUUUGGUGUGUCCCGCGUGUCCCGAAGGCUGUACUGAAGUUCUUGCUUCAGUGUCCGACCCUAUGAUGGAUUUUUAUCUUUCAUAUUUCACUAAGACAUGGAUACUUGAGCUGUCAAAGGACUUGUUUCACAAUAGUAAACAACUUGGUUCAGCAGAUCAUCCGAUAGUUCAGUCCGUUCGUGUUAAUCACCCGACAGGCCGUGUGGAUCAUCGUGAUCACGUCCUGAUCCUUACACCAAGUACCAGCACGACCAGAAUGAACCUGGACAGAAGGAGAAGUCACUUUGCCCAGUCUUCAUCAAUUUCACCAACUUUGACUCCCUUUAUUAUUUUCUAGUCAAUGUUGUCUUUUCCUAGGUUUGUAUUUCCCAUAAUUGUUUAUGGCUUUCUUUGACUACAAAUCCUAUAUAUAUGGCUCAUAAGCCACGAAAUAAAACAUAUUUUUUCCUCCUUUUUAUGAGUUUAUUCUCUCUGUUCUUCGUUGAACAUUUCUUAAGUUUUCUUGGUGUGGUUAGCUCCAAGUUAACGCCUCUUUCUUGUUGCACCGGUGCGUCAUAUCCGGCAACAGAUCGAGUUUGCUUCCUUGUCAGACCUGUGAGUCAUAUCAGGCGACAAUCAAGCACUCUGGUAGUAUCAUUGGGCCAUCCGCAACCCUUUGUGUCACCGUUCAUUCCAUCAGUUCUCCUUCCUCACGGAUCGAGUCCAUAUCUUUCCUUACCGGUCAAAGUGAUCGUUCCUUUGGGCGCAUCAUAGACUGCAGAACAUCAGGUAUCCGAGUCAUGGUCAUUACCGGAGACAACAAGAGCACUGCUGAAGCAAUCUGCCGUGAAAUUGGAGUAUUCAAAGAAAAUGAGGAUAUCUCUUCAAGAAGCUUGACUGGAAAAGAGUUUAUGGAUGUUCAAGAUCAGAAGAAUCAUCUAAGACAAACUGGAGGGCUCUUGUUCUCGAGGGCUGAACCAAAGCACAAACAAGAGAUUGUUAGGUUACUCAAAGAAGAUGGAGAAGUGGUUGCCAUGACUGGAGAUGGAAUCAAUGAUGCUCCUGCACUGGAGUUGGCUGAUAUAGGAGUUGCUAUGGGCAUUGCCGGCACAGAUGUAUUCCUCUCUCUUCUCUCUCACCUGCAAAAACGGGAUGAUUAUGUCUCUAUUAGCUUUCUAAAGCUCUGGGGUUAUGUUCGCAGGUAGCAAAGGAGGCUUCUGACAUGGUGCUAGCAGAUGAUAAUUUCAGCACAAUCGUUGCAGCUGUUGGUGAAGG